CCCUCAUCCAGUCUCUUCCAGCCUAGAGAUCCUGGCCUACCCCUCCGCCAAAGCGCGCACUGAGUGCAAACCCCAGAGUCAAUCCCUGUCCCAGCUCCGCCCCCCGCGUCGGAAUCCCGCCCAGCCGAGGCCUCAAGCCCAGUCGGGACUCGAGCCUGUGGAGGCGAGGUUACCGCACUAGAUAGCAUGUUUUUGGCCCAGAGGAGCCUCUGCUCUCUUAGCGGUAGAGCAAAAUUCCUGAAGACAAUUUCUUCUUCCAAAAUCCUCGGAUCCUCUACUUCUGCUAAAAUGUCAUUGAAAUUCACAAAUGCAAAACGGAUUGAAGGACUUGAUAGUAAUAUGUGGAUUGAAUUUACCAAAUUGGCUGCAGACCCUUCUGUUGUGAAUCUUGGCCAAGGCUUUCCAGAUAUAUCCCCUCCUACAUAUGUAAAAGAAGAAUUAUCAAAGAUUGCAGCAAUCGAUAGCCUGAAUCAGUAUACACGAGGCUUUGGCCAUCCAUCACUUGUGAAAGCUCUGUCCUAUCUGUAUGAAAAGCUUUAUCAAAAGCAAAUUGAUUCAAAUAAAGAAAUCCUUGUGACAGUAGGAGCAUAUGGAUCUCUUUUUAACACCAUUCAAGCAUUAAUUGAUGAGGGAGAUGAAGUCAUACUAAUAGUGCCUUUCUAUGACUGCUAUGAGCCCAUGGUGAGAAUGGCUGGAGCAACACCUGUUUUUAUUCCCCUGAGAUCUAAACCUGUUUAUGGAAAAAGAUGGUCUAGUUCUGACUGGACGUUAGAUCCUCAAGAACUGGAAAGUAAAUUUAAUUCCAAAACCAAAGCUAUUAUACUAAAUACUCCACAUAACCCACUUGGCAAGGUGUAUAACAAAGAGGAACUGCAAGUAAUUGCUGACCUUUGCAUCAAAUACGACACACUCUGCAUCAGCGAUGAGGUUUAUGAAUGGCUUGUCUAUUCUGGAAAUAAGCACUUAAAAAUAGCUACUUUUCCAGGUAUGUGGGAGAGAACAAUAACAAUAGGCAGUGCUGGAAAGACUUUCAGUGUAACUGGCUGGAAGCUUGGCUGGUCCAUUGGUCCAAAUCAUUUGAUAAAACAUUUACAGACAGUUCAACAAAACACGAUUUAUACUUGUGCAACUCCUUUACAGGAAGCCUUGGCUCAAGCUUUCUGGAUUGACAUCAAGCGCAUGGAUGACCCAGAAUGUUACUUUAAUUCUUUGCCAAAAGAGUUAGAAGUAAAAAGAGAUCGGAUGGUAUGUUUACUUGAAAGUGUUGGCCUAAAACCCAUAGUUCCUGAUGGAGGAUACUUCAUCAUCGCUGAUGUGUCUUUGCUAGAUCCAGACCUCUCUGAUAUGAAGAAUAAUGAGCCUUAUGACUAUAAGUUUGUGAAAUGGAUGACUAAACAUAAGAAACUAUCAGCCAUCCCCGUUUCAGCAUUCUGUAACUCAGAGACUAAAUCACAGUUUGAGAAGUUUGUGCGAUUUUGCUUCAUUAAAGCUUUGACAUUUUGUGCCAGGCUGCUACAUUACAUCUUCACCCCACCUGGGCUUUAUCACCCAUGCCGACCUGUCCUGUCAUCCUCCUGGAGAGGUGCCCCCAUCUAGGUCUCCAAUACUCCAUACCAGGCCACCACUAUCACCUACUACACAGAAGCCCUCCUUGCCCCUCUUGGGCACUGACACCAUGCCAGAUGCCUGCCUCAUCUCAUCCAGGCUCCAGGACCCUGCAUGAGGCCACCCUACCAUACAGGCGCCUCACUUACCCCACUCAGACUCUGACAUCCUGUUCCAGCCAGCACUAUCACCUCAUGACACCCGUGCUGGCCACCCUGCUCACUCCACUCUGGCUGCAGUGUCCUGCACUACGGUUGUCAAGGCUCUCCCAGCCCCGUACAUGGACAGCCGCUUUGCUCAGCCUCACCUAUUGGCUUUCAGACUGAAUCAUUCUGGUGGAGAGAGAAGACAAAGAAAAAGAAGUAGAGAAACAGAAGAUUAACAACAGAAGGCUGGAUUUUCUCUGCUUACACCUCUGUUUAAUUUUAUGCUAUAAGUAUGAAUCACCUAUUCAAAAAAUAAACUAUUUUUCAAUAAUUACAACUAUGAAAUCUUGAAAGCAAGGGGCAGAGUAGUGUGAAUGAACUAAUUUUUUUUGUUGACAGCAAAGUAUAGAUACAGUAGAUAAUAUGUGAAGUUCACAAAUAAGGAAAUAGAAGCAUAAGCACAUUGUUAGAUUUUGGUGGUAACCAUUAGAACUAAAACCAGAAAUUGCCAUAAAAGGUUAUCUUGAAGGUAGAGGGAGUCAUAGGAAGGGGUGGAAAAGGGGUGGAGCAGACAGCUAUUGUUUUUCAGUGUAAACUCUCCUGUACCCUUUGACCUGUUUCUGUAAUUAUAAUUCAUUUGGUUAACUGUUUUUCUGUUCUGGGUUCUGCUCUUGCUUUUUCACUUUGAAAAUUUUUCUUCACUUGAGAUCAGAUAUUCACUUAAAUCUUCAUUAUGUUGUAUAUUUAAAUCUUUGCUUCAUUUUGAAUUUAUGUCUAUCUGUAAUAAUGAUGAUUAUUUCAUUA